AUGAAACGAUUGCAGCAUUCCGCACCGAUCAUAACUUUUGUUAAACGGAAUCGAUCACUGAAUCGAACUAAAAUCGAGCCCAAUCCAAUAUCAAGUCAACUCAAUGAACGUGUGCUACCAUCGCGUACAGAAUCAAUAGCAAAACCAACUAAAGUGCGCACAUCUCGCGCAGACUUGAAAGUUUCAUCAUACUCAAAUAUAGCGACGUGUAUUGGAUCUGAAACUCAAUAUCCGAUAACAUCUGGUGCUGUUCUAUAUCCAUUCGAUGGUAAUACCCGAGAUGCAUUCUUACUGCCCAGCUAUAAUUACGGUGCCUACUCUGGAUCUGCGAUUCUAUUAAAUGCCACUCAACAGCAAUAUAUCAGCAUUCCAUUCAUCGAUUUCAGAAAUACUAGCUUUACACUUGAAGUGUGGGUAUUACCAAUAAAUGCCGCAACAAAUAGCGGUCUACAAGACGAAUUGCAUAUUUUUGGACAGUGUGAUGGAUAUCUUACAUGUUGA